AUGAGCUCGAUUAUACCGCCUCCAAUCCCCGCCUCCCGGCCCACAACCACCCUCUCAUCUCUCCCUCGCGAACUACUCGUCCUCGUAUCCUCCUCCCUGGACCAGACGAGUCUCGUCGAGCUAUCACGGGUCAGUCGCGCGACCACCUUCUUGGCGGACGAGCGGCUCUGGCGCACGCUGUACCUGCGCUUGCCUGAUCACUACGGGGAGCAACCCUUGGUGCAGCCCUACCCGGACCUUUGUACGGAGGACAGCGACAGGGGCAAAUCAUACCAGGAGUGGGAAGCCCAAGAAGAGCGGGCAGCGGAGGAGCGCAUCCGGGAUGCUCUGCGGGAGCGGACGAAUCAAAUCAUCAUCAGCGCGGACAAGCGGAAGUUGUCUCUCGUCCGGUCUAUCGUCUUCAAUCCCCGACCAGGCGCGGUUCGGGCGGCGCUCACCCUGCUAGAUCUGGCGUCGGCGCAUCUCGAAAGCCUGGAAGUCAUCGGUCCGGUGGACGUUUGGCAGUACAAGCGGGACUGCCCUUUAAGCUAUGAGACCCUUGACUUCAAUCUCCCUCGGUCUCACCUCCGCUUCCCAGCGCUCACCCACGUCCGGAUCGGACCCGAUACCACCUGUUCGGGUGGCAUCUACGUCUCGAUAUGCGCCCUAGCACCCAACCUCCAUACCCUCGACAUCGAAUGUCAACGGAUCCGCAUCGGUGAUCGCUGCACACAGACUCCCUUAUCCCCCAUACGCCCAAAACGGACCAGGAUCCGGCGUCUACGUAUGAACUGGCAUCUCGAUGAUGUCCCGGACGGCCAGCUUCAAGAGGCGUUCAUCCUCAUCGUUGGAUCCAGUCCGGAUCUUCGCCAGCUCAGCGCAAUCGGUCGGCUGGAAAAGCUGGAGGAUCUGCAUUGGACAUGUCCUCACACUUUUUGGGAAGAGGUCCAGGACCUGGGCGGUGAGGGAUUUACUGGUCUGAAGCGGCUAGUGCUAUGCACUUGGAAUGAUCUGGAAAUAUUCCGCAAUCUUCCCACCAUUCCCGGCCUCGAAAAGAUAUAUUACGACCCACGCUAUACGCUGAACCCACGUCCAGCUGGGUCGCGACGGUCGGUUGAUCACGAGACGGACGUGCAGCCCAUGAACGACCAGUUCGCGGAUAUGCUCGUCCACACCCCUGCCCUGCAACUUAUCAUCCCUCUCGCAUCGCGUGACUAUGACCGAGGCCUCGGUGUCUUCGACGAGAUCGACACCAUCAAUCCUGCCGGCGAGUCUUCGGGCGUUAUCUCGUCCUAUCAUCACGGAGACGAGGUCCUCCUUCACGCUUGCCUUCUCAUGAGCUACGUCGAGGUACUGGACGCUCGUUGCCCUAUCGAGAACGUGUCGAGUUCUUCCGUCGGCGAGCUCGUCCACUAUCGUACCCGAGACGGAGGAGAGCGGGUAAAGGUGUAUUAUCGGCAAAAGGAGGAUGUGUGGCAGGAUUUCGUGCACUAUGAAGGCGAAUGGAUACCGCUCCAUACUCUGGAGGAGAUGCGGAUGGUCGAGGUUUUAUCGGAGCGGGAGUGGAAUAGGAGGGGGGUGAUUGUCGGAGACAAGGCGUGGAAGAUCUUGCGAGAUUGUUGGAAAGACUACUGGGGGGAGGAAGAGGACGAGGAAACGGACUCAUCGGAAUCCGACUAA